GGGCCAAACUACACCUGGAAAUGAUAAGAAAUAAAGACAGUAUAAACAGCACGUUCAUGCCAAGAUCAAAAGAUAAAAAAAAUUCUCCAUAGAAAAAAAUGGCGGCAGACUUGAACCUUCCCACUCACCGCAUCUUUCGCCGAUUUCUUCCUGGGUGAGAGGAAGUGUCGAGGCUACUUUUUACGAUAAGUGGGAGGAGCAUUACUGAACAAGCGAAGAUCUCGCUUGUCAGGACAACCCUGCUCUCUUUGGUGUUUAUUAGACGACCGCAGAGCCCUCAAUACUGCGAAAGAAUUUCUCAGUGAACCCUUCAGCCUUGGCCGGGGUUCGAACUGAUCAUGUCCCUCGCAGGUCAGCCACUUACAAUCCAAUUACGCCAGAACGGCGCCCCACAGUUAAGCGCCAGCUAGUAGCGUCUUAUGUACCCCAGUCUAUCGCGCUUACCAUAUAUACCACCAGUAUUAUACAGUAGUACCUUCCUUCACCUUCAGCCUUGCAAGAAUUAUUCAACAUUGAACCUCCAUCCUACAUUUCAACUUCUAUAUCUACACAAUUGCGCUCGAUCCCACCUGCAAUCACCAUUAUUAUCAAGCCCUUCGACACAUCUACAGCCGAAUAUCCAUCCGACCCAUCUUCAAUACAGUCCUUGCACAUGAGGUAGCCAAACGCGUCGGUUCUUUGCGGGGUACGCCUCGAUCCAAUCCAACACACCCCAUUUCCCACCGCGCGAUCUCCCUCCGCAGUCCACAUAAACUGUCAUAAGACAACUACGCCAUGCUUAUCCUCCGAUGCGCCCAGCAGGCGCGCCUCUUGCCCCGGCGACUCCACGCAUCCUCACACUUCCGAAUCCGAGACCAAUGGGAAGCCCUUGCCUGCGCAGCGAACUCUUCAAGAACCCGCCCCUUGACGACAAAACCUACAGCCAAGGGCCCCUCCCCUCCCCUCCCCUCCAAGCCGCCCAGCGGCAAGCCGAUCUAUCCUGUCCGUCUCCCUAUUUACCACGCCGGCACGGCACCGACAGUGGUCGUAGGAUUUAUGAGGAUCAGUAGCAUCAUUUCAGUUUCCGCGCCCGUGCCAUUCCUGCUGUUUGGCCACACAGAAGUAGCCUCGACAUUCCUAACCGCUGCCGUUGCCUUUAUAAUCUCGUCCUACGUAUGCGCCCCUCGCGUCGUCGCCAUGUACCUCCACCUCCCUUCCUACACACGCUACUCCCCCGAGCUGCUCAACCGAUACGUCGCAUCCCUCCCCAAGACCGCCGAGGCCGACAUCAAGACCAUAAACGCGGGCGGGAUACCACAGACCACAACGCUCGCAGUAGGGGAUCUCGCAGUGGUGGACGGCUUUCGGCUGAAUGCCGUAAACUUCUGCAGGGUGGGAUCGGCGGAGAAGCGGCCGUGGUGGGUGGGCAAGGGGUUUUGGGCCGGGAGGGGGGCCUGGGAGUUUGCGGUUAGUGAGAUGGGGCCUGGGAAGGGGUUGAAGAUGGCGUGGGUGUGGGAUGCGAUUGCAGAGAAGGUUAGGCAGGGGAAGUUUGGAGGUGGGAUGACACCUAGGGUGGGCGAGGUGGUUCAGACGACGGCGGUUGGGCCAAAGAAGAAGCUGUGAUAUACCCGGAGACAAAUAAAUAGAGCAUGCCACGCAAGGUAAGAUAGAUGGGAAGGAGGCGCCAUGUAUUGCAAUGUAGAAUUAGCUUCAUAUCCGCAUCUGCCAAUCCAACAAGGUCCAAC